AUGACUGUCAUGAAUCUUUUCUUCAGGCCCUGUCAACUGCAGAUGGGCUCUGGACCGUUGGAGCUCAUGCUUAAAAGGCCAACGCAAUUGACCACGUUUAUGAACACCAGGCCCGGCGGAUCAACCCAAAUUAGAUUCAUAUCGGGAAAUUUAGAUCCAGUGAAAAGAAGGGAGGAUAGACUACGUAAAAUAUUUUCCAAGUCACGACUUUUAACAAGGUUAAACAAGAAUCCUAAAUUUUCACACUAUUUCGACCGCCUCAGUGAGGCCGGCACGGUUCCAACACUUACAUCAUUCUUCAUCUUGCAUGAGGUAACUGCCAUACUACCACUGUUUCUACUAUGGUGGUUACUUUAUAACCUCGAUCUUUCUGAUGAUUUUAAGCUCCCAAACUUCUUAAAUGGCCUAAUGGAUAGCUGUCAUACAGCUAUGGAGAAAUUUGUUGGUAAGAGAUAUCAGGAAUGCCUCAACAAAAACAAGUUGAUUUUAUCUGGCACAGUAGCCUACGUUACAGUAAAAUUACUAUAUCCGGUACGCAUUUUCAUUAGUAUCUGGGGAGCACCAUAUUUUGGGAAAUGGUUGCUUCUUCCCUUUCAAAAAUUAAAGCACCUUAUUAAGAAAUAA